AUGGGUAAAAUAACUAGGGUUAGAACCGGCUGUUGGACCUGCAAACGAAGACAUAGAAAGUGCGAUGAAGCAAAACCUCAGUGUAAUAAUUGCGUUACUACAAAUAGAACGUGUGAAGGCUAUGGUAUAAGACUAAGCUUUGAUGUUGAUGACUCUAGAAACCGUGACAGAUUUGACAACAAAGGGGUUUUUAAACACAGUUUUAUAGGAAGGCCGAGGGCUAAGAAAAAGACUGAUAGCUCCAAAGAAUUGAAUGGAACAGGUAGUUUUCAAAAUCAGAACACUAUUCAAUCGGAAGGGCCGAAGUCGGCUACUCAUGGCACUUCACAAUUCCUUGUUCUGAAAGGUAAAGGUGAUAUAUAUUCACACACCCCAACAGAAGUAUCACAGUCUAGCACAGAUAACGUGGAAAAUCCUUUUCUGGCUUCAAGUAUUGAGAUGGAAGAGCAACCAAAAAUAGGGAUAAAUAACCACCCAGGAACAAAUUUUGAGCUAUUUGGGACUGAAUUGUUCGAAGGAUUAGAGUAUUUACUCAAAUCCCCUGCAGCACAACUGGCCACUGUUGAUAGCACUAGAAGAAAAAAUUCUCAAAGCUUGAACUUUAUUCUUGAUUCACCGUCAAUUGGAAUUAAUGCCCAUGAUUUUAAAAUCAGGGAGGAAAAUGACAAGCCCAAAAAGACAGAUAGUCCUUUAUUCUCACUUCCUCGUGGAUCUUCAGCUUCUUUAAUGUCUGAAGCGUUGACAAGUAGUAGCUCAGAAGAUACUCCACACUCUUCCUAUUCAGGCACACAGGUCUUUGAUAGAAACUACCCUGUCAAUAAUUCUACGACAACCGAAGACAGCUCUCUAACAUAUUCCGAAGAGAAUAUGAUGUUGAAGCACUUCUUCAAGAAUUUACUACCGUUGUUAGAUGCACAUCCAAACACGCCGUGGCCAGAUUUGGCAUUAAAAUACUGUGAUUUUGAUAUUGCAAGAAGUUGUUUCAUUUCACUUUCAUGUAUACAUAUUUACGAAAGCAGAAAAGGAGGACAAGAAUAUUAUAAGAAGGGAAUGGCUCAUAUAAAUAGAACCAUGGAUUAUUUAAUCCAAUUUAUUAGCAGCAAUGAUUCCCAGGAUGACAUACAUGAAGGAAACUCAACUGGAGCGGAAUUCGAAAUAGAACAGGAAAAAGAUAUAAAUGCUGAUGUGGGAAAUAUUUUGAUGUCAAUUCCCGACGCAAACGAUAUCAGUAAAACAGAAAACAUCGUCACCGCAAAUACUAGGAAAAAAUUGAUCAGUUCUUUUGUAAUUUUAGUACUUAUUAAUGUUCAUAUUUUGUUUGCUGUUCUAGAAAAAGGUUUGUCUUCUUUCUCGAGAUUUUUUUUUAAAGUAUUUGCAUCCGUAUGUCAGGACAAAAUGUUUUAUGAAUCAUUAAAAGAAAACGCAAAAAAGCAAUCCUUGGUGGUCAUUUUGAGUUGGUAUGAUACAGUUUCAGCAAUAGUUUCUGCAGAUUGUAGGCUUCCAUACUGCAACCCCGAGUGGUAUGGUUCUUCGGUAAGUAAUAGUGGUAAAGUUUCUACUGCCAAAAUGAUGGGAUGCCCAGGAGAAAUUUUCAAGGCAAUGUCAAAGGUGUGCUCACUAAGGCAUGAGCUUCACAAAGGCACUCAAAUGAAGAAGGAAGAAUUAAAGGUAAACUAUCUGGCUAUUGAAAAUGAGAUUUUGAGGUAUAGAGAGUAUGUUCUGUUCGAACAAUCGUAUGAUGAGGAUGAAAUGGUUGAUACCGAAGGUCAGGCUUUUCCCAUCAGAUUAAAAGCUGCACAAUGCUGGCUGUUGGCAGUUUACAUAACCUUGAUUAGAACCGUGAAAUUUCCAUUCUACGAAAAGAGAAUUAAGUCGCUACUACAUGAAUUCAUAGAUGUGUACGGUUCUAUGAAGCCAACGUUGCCAUUUGUUACCCAAAUGGUAUGGCCGGUAUUUGCAAUGGGAUGCGAAUGUACCACUAGCUGGGAAAAAUCAAAACUAGAACUUUUCAUGGACACUUUAUAUAGAAAUGCUCAAAUGGGGACUUUAUUCACUCUAAGGCAAAUUGUUUUUAGGGUUUGGGAAACUGAAGAAAGCCCGGAACAAAUCAUAAAGGCAUAUCUUGAUGAAAGUAUCGAUUAUUUACCUCUUUAA